AAUCCGUGUUCCUGUAUUUGCCAGCUGGGGAACAUAAUUAAACGUAUUAUCUAUAAAAUCUGAGUAUUGGACACGCCGUUGUACCUCAAAAAUGAUCCCCAACUGCAUUAGGAGCAUCGGCAAGCAGACGUCGAAACGAAACUAUGGAAGCUGGAGCAAGGCCGUGUCCUUUUUGCUGAAUAAAAAUAACUAUGCAACCGAAGCUUCCUUUGAAACAAAGCCAUUCCGUCUGCAUAAGUUAGAUUCGGGCCCAUCAACUCAAGUAUCUGUUACUAAAGAAGAUGCUCUUAAAUAUUACAAACAAUUACACACUAUUCGUCGUAUUGAAACUGCCGCCGGCAAUCUGUACAAAGAGAAAAUCAUUAGAGGCUUCUGCCAUCUAUACUCUGGACAGGAAGCAUGCGCGGUGGGUAUGUCAGCAGUUCUGCGUCCACAGGACUCGGUGAUAACAGCCUACCGUGUCCAUGGAUGGACGUAUCUGAUGGGUAUUUCCCCCUUAGGUGUCCUAGCUGAACUCACAGGCCGACAGAGUGGUAAUGCUCGUGGAAAAGGUGGUUCCAUGCACAUGUAUGCAAAGAACUUUUACGGGGGCAACGGUAUUGUUGGUGCUCAGGUACCACUGGGGGCAGGUGUUGCCUUUGCUGCCAAAUACAAAGAAAAUGGCGGAGUCUGUUUAGCGCUAUAUGGUGAUGGAGCAGCUAAUCAAGGCCAGAUAUUUGAGGUUUACAAUAUAGCCAAACUGUGGGGUUUACCAUGCAUAUUUGUUUGUGAAAAUAAUGGUUAUGGUAUGGGCACAAGCGCGGACCGAGCAGCUGCAAGUACGGAAUAUUACACUCGAGGCGAUUAUGUUCCUGGAUUAUGGGUUGAUGGAAUGGACGUUCUUGCUGUAAGAGAAGCUACUCGUUUCGCCAUUGACCAUUGUACCACUGGAAAAGGACCAAUUGUACUUGAAACAGCUACAUAUCGCUACAGCGGACACAGUAUGUCAGACCCUGGCACUAGUUAUCGUACUAGAGAAGAAAUUCAGGAGGUCCGCCAGACCCGUGAUCCUAUCACUAGUUUUAAAGAAAGAAUUCUCAAUGCUAAUUUAGUUACUGCUGACGAACUGAAGAAGCUGGAGGCUGAAGUGAGGAAAGAAGUUGAUGACGCUGUAAAAAUAGCCAAAACAGACAAAGAAAUUCCUUUGAGCGAAUUGACCACAGACAUCUAUGCCCUACCUCUUGAGAAAGAGGUUCGCAACAGAACUCCCUUUAAUCCUUUACCUCUCGGAAGGUUGGGUCCUGCUGUAAAUGCUUAAGGGAAGCAUUGAUUCAAUCAGACGCCGGUCGUAAGAUUGAAGUAUGGCUGUAAUAAUACAGUAGCAAAUUAAAUAGCAAUGUGAUUAUGAUUAUUACACACCGUACUCAGAAAAUCACACUUGUUCAAAACUCGUUAGAAAAAUUUGUGAAUAAAAGGGUUUUUUCAUCGUAAAAACAGUUGCUGUUCGUAUUUAUAGGUGUACAGAUAGAAGGUAAUUCGUUCUACAGCCAUCGUUAUAUCGUAUAUUUAUUUAUUUGUCCUGGAAUAUAGGAGAGUGAUAUAUUUAGUGAUUCGACAAGGUGAUAUACAGCCAUAUUUCGAAAUCUGAGAUUUAUAAAAUCACACAAGCCCAGUCAAAUUUAUUCUUUGAAUAAUUCGAAACACGUACAAGUGGCCUAUUUGUAUGAUAGAUUCUAAAUUAACGCGCUUCAGGAUAAACCUUGUAUCUAGUUUAUAAAAUAAUAUGUAUAUUAUACACAAUUUAUACUAUUUAAAACUACUGGAUCCUAGAAUCGAUUUCCUUUCUCUUAUCUCAAUUCAUUGUUAUACCGUGUUAUUGAAAGAAAAUUGGAAAAAUCAAACCGUGCAUGAGCGAUUUUCGGAUAUAAAUAGAUACAACUAUGCUGUACGUAUUCAAAUAUUAGCAACAUAUACAAACAUUA